GGACAUAAAAAAGUAAAUCACUUUCUUUUGUUAAGUCAUCGUGUGCUUCUCACGUGUCUCAUUCUUCUCCUCCCAUCUUCUUCUUCGUUGAUUGUUCUCUUGAGACAGCGUACUUGGGAACUUGCCCUAGAUUUGGAUUUCGAUUUAGAUUUCUGAAUCGAUCCUUCUCCAGCGUAAAUUCUCUUACUUUGAACAGGUGUGGAUAUAUAAUAUUAUGGCUCAUUCCUUAGAUUUGCAGAGCUUUAUUCUCCGGGCUCGAGUGCUUACACUUUACCGGCAAGCAUUGAAGAUAGCUCAUAGAGCUCCUGUUCAUGUUAGAGGGGAGUUGAAGGGGACUAUUAGGCAAGAGAUGGAAAAGAACAGAGACUGCAACGACAAACAAAAGAUUCGGUAUCUGAUCAGUGAAGGUUUAGAGAGGAUUAAAGGACUCGAUGAGAUGUUGGACAUGCAAGGCCAUUAAAGUUGGUUUGAAGAUAUGGCUACCAUGCGGGCAAGUAACUUCACUGUGCAAUGCUACACUCUCCAAAUGGAAAGUCUGGUCAACUUUGUGCUCGAGCUGUUUGAUUGAUACAGAGUUUCGACAAAGAGCUGAUUCAUCUUCUCCCAUCCCUGAAUUUGUGUGACUCAUUUUUAGAGUAUACAACUUCUCCUU